AUGUUGGCCACUACUCUUUAUCAGCUGGUAGCAUUAUGUCUUUGGUUCCCAGUGCAUGCUUCUGCAUUCUACUUUUACAGUAAUGGUGGGGAACGUAAAUGUUUCCAUAAGGAAUUGUCUAAGAACACAUUAUUGCAAGGUACCUACAAAGUUCAACCAUAUGACGAUAAUUUGAAAGCUUAUAGAGAUGCAGACCCAAAGGAUUUUUCUGUGGUGAUUGAUGUCGAAGAAGUGUUUGAUGAUAAUCAAAGAGUUGUUCAUCAAAAGGGAUCUCCAAAUGGUGACUUUACUUUCGUCGCCCUUGAAUCUGGGGAACAUAGAGUCUGUUUCCAACCAGAGGCUAGUGGAUGGUUAACCAAAGGUAAGGUUAAGAUCGACACUGAAUUUGAAAUUGGCUCUGACUCCAAAUUAGAUUCAAAGAAAAGAGAUACUUUAGAAGCUUUGCAUCAAAAAGUCGUUAUUUUAAAUGCAAAGGUUUUGGAAAUCAGGAGGGAACAACAACUUAUGAGAGAACGUGAAGCUGCCUUUAGAGACGUAUCUGAAUCCGUUAAUUCUCGUGCUAUGUGGUGGACAAUCAUCCAAGUUAUUGCUUUGGGUCUAACUUGUUUCUGGCAAAUGAGACAUCUAUCAACUUUUUUCAUCAAGCAAAAAGUAUUGUAA